AUGGCAUCCACGAUGCUGAGACCAUCCGGAAUGGUCAAAUAUGCACUAUACGCCCUAUUUCUCGGCCUAGCAGUCUCCGUCUGCGCAGAGACCAUCCUGAGCAAGGAGAAGGAUAUAAGCCUGCUGACGCCGGACGAGAUUGAAGAAAGGCUUCAGCAAUGUGCCUUCGUCCAAAACCUAUCCGAGCACAAAGUCAAGAACACUCCGCCUCACGCAUCCCUGACGACAAAACUAUUCGCCGUGCUGUUCCCAUCCUCCUCUCCAGCCAUCAACGCCCUCCUCGCCACCGCAUACAUUUCGGGCCCGCCAAAUUUCCUAUUGGCCCUAUGUCCACCGAACAUCGACCCAUCGUCACUGAGCGUCAUGGUCGCAUUCGCCGUAGGCGGACUGUUAGGCGAUACCCUGUUCCACCUCCUGCCGGAGAUCUUUCUGGGCGAAGAUGAACCAGACCGAGCCAAAUUCGUUCUUGUCGAGCCGAAUCGCAACUUACUGCUGGGCGUGGGAAUCAUCGUUGGCCUCGUGACGUUUAUGGCCAUGGACAAGGCGUUGCGGAUUGCAACGGGCGGGAGUGGUGGCCAUUCCCAUUCGCAUUCCCAUGAGCACAGUACAAGCUCUGACAAUAAGGCCAAUGGCGUAUCGACAUCCACAUCCACAUCCACUACCAGCAACGCGGAGCUACGCAAGCGAAAGACCGACAAGAACGAAAAAAAUAUUGUUGAUACAACAGCUAGCACUAGCCCCGAAAAUCCAUCAGUCAGGCUCGCCGGCCUAUUGAACCUAAUCGCCGAUUUCACCCACAACAUCACCGACGGGCUGGCCCUGUCGUCCAGUUUUUAUGCAUCUCCCGCCCUCGGAGCUACAACGACCAUGGCCGUGUUUUUCCACGAAAUCCCCCACGAGGUAGGCGACUUUGCGCUCCUGAUCCAGUCUGGGUUCUCGAAACGGAAGGCCAUGGGCGCGCAAUUUGUCACGGCCGCAGGGGCGUUUUUGGGCACGUGUAUCGGUAUUUUCGUGCAGGAGUAUGGUGGCAAUGGCAAUGGCAAUUCGGACGGUGCGGCUGCCGUCAGCCGGGGAAUCUGGGGUACCAGUCUACAGUGGGGAGAUAUGUUGCUACCGUUUACGGCGGGGACGUUUUUGUACGUCGGGACAGUGGCUGUUAUUCCGGAGUUGUUGGAGACCGGGCCGAAUAAGGGCCAAGAACUGAAAAAGACGGCACUGCAGUUUGGUGCAAUGUUCGUUGGGGCUGCCAUCAUGUUGGGCAUUUCGUGGUCUUAG